AUGUAAUAUUUUUAUGUAUCAUGUAUACUAUUCUGAUUUGCACGUGAUCUCGCGUCAUUUGGUUCUUGGUCAUCCCGCAUAAAGGAAUCUUGAGUGGUAAUAUUAAAUCGUUUGUGAGAUGAUUGAACGCCGAACUGGCCGCGAGUGAGACGACAGACUGAGCACGAUAUCACCCUCAACUCCGAUGACAUAUCUCGCGCGAGAUUUCUACCGUUCGUCAAGUAAGAGGCUUCCAAGAAGCGAGAGUGACAAACAAUGAAUGUGCAAACGAGGCAUCCUUACGAGGGUUUGCUGCACAAAUAUACAAACGCCAUGAAGGGCUGGCAAUACCGUUGGUUCAUCCUGAGCCCGGAGACUGGCGAGCUGCAUUACUUCCUCAGCGAGUCCGAGAAGAAUCAGAGACCGCGGUGUUCGAUAUAUUUGGCAGGCGCCGUAAUAGCCCCCAGUGACGAAGAUUCGAACACGUUCACCGUGAAUUCUGCUACUGGUGACAUGAUCAAACUGCGGGCCACAGACGCGCGAGCACGCCAGGAAUGGGUGGACAAGCUACGGGCGGUUACAGAGAUGUACACCAGGGCGAUAGCCAGCAGUCAUCCCCCGUUGCCACCGCGAGAACAUUCUGGGAAUUCCAGCAGGAAUCCUGUCAUCAAGCUGGAGGUAUUGGACGCCUUUGCCAAUUGCCAGGAGCAAUUGAGGAAGGUGGAGAAGCACAAUCUUGCCCUGGCACAAUCCAUCGAGAACUCAGAUUUGCAUCUGGACUCUGAUCUCCUAGUUCUCAAAGCUAUGGCGCACACUACUCUACAUACACUGAGCCAAUGUCUCAAUAUAUUGUACCAGUAGGAAAUUAUUUUUUUUUUUACGCUUAUCUAUCAAUAUUAAGAUUUUUUUAUACCUACGAGUAUGUAAGAUUAUCCUCUCUGUUGCGCAAUGUUCAUUUUAUUUUGAACAUUUAUGUACUUAUCCACGACCAGUGCUGGCUUCAGACGUAAACAGUCAAACGAGAUUGAUACCUCUUGCCAUUAUAUCAAUUUUUUUAGUAAUUAAGUUAUCGUUAAAUAAUUGAUUUUAAAUAAUUAGUCAAUUUUUAUAAAACUAGUUUAUUUUUUACAUAUUGCUAAAGGUUGAAACAUCCUUAUUGCUAUUUUCAUUCGUGGACUAUAGUUUUUUUUUUAACUUGUUCCAUUGAAUUUUAAUAGUAGAUUCUUCAACACAAAAGUUAAUUAGUUAAAUUGAUCGUACAUUAUGUAUAAAAACUAUAUUUUUUAUGUUAGAAUUUUUCUACAUUUGAUCUUCCUACAAUCGUAUUAUGGUUUAAUUAAACAGUAUGAGUAAAUUCAUCUCUGCAGUAUAUACAAGAACGAUUGUCGUUUUGUUUGCCUUUUGAAUCUGAUCCUGCUAAUGACAAUCUCGGUGUAUGAUCUUCCAUUGUACCAAUGCCGAAUAAGUGAAAAUGUAAGAUAUAUGUCACAUAUUAAUUUUAUUGGAAUAUUGUACAAAGUAUGCAUGUAUGUACAUAUCUAGACUUUAUUAAGCAAAAUAAUUAUAAUACAUUCCCCUAUACUUGUUUGUUUCACAUGAAAACUGAUUUUUUAUAAUGAAAUGAUGAUAGUCAAGUACAUAAAAAAAAAUAUUACAUUUGUCUGCGUUAUAACAAUGUAUUAUAAAAGUUGCGUUAAUACAAUUAUUAACGCAAUCAUAUGGUAUCAUUUAAUUUUUGUAAAUUAAGUGAUACCAUGUGUAUCCACUGUAAAUUAUUAAGAAACUUUAAUUAAAAUAUUCUAUUUCCACGUAUUGCAAAGACUGCCAUAUAUGUACGUAUUAUAUAAAUUAGAAUAUAAUGAAUAUAAUGGCUGUAA